AAAAAAAAAAAAACAUUCAUUUACAAUCAACAAAAACUGAAUGUAAUGUCAACUCGUUUUUUGUUUGCCUAAUUUACGUUUCCAUGAGAAUGUUUUAAUAGGCUGAUAACAUUUUGUAUGAAUUUUUUGGAUUCGAUCAUUGUUUCUGUCAAGCUCAAAUCAUAAUCUUAAUUGAAAUUAGCCAAUAAUAAAAAAAAUCGGUCAACAUACUAGCAUUGGCAAUAAACGUUUGAUUUAUUGAUUGGUUUUAAAAUGGGCGGUCAUACCACCGAUCACGUUCAAUAUGAUCAGGCUCAAUUGGAGGAGAUAUUCCAAAUAUUCGACACCAAAGGUGAUGGAUGUAUUGCUAUCGAUCAAAUUGGUGAAGUUUUACGUGCAAUGGGUCAGAAUCCAACAGAAGCCGAUAUACACCGUUGCUGUGAACCAUUACGUGAACAACAAAGAGAUCAACGAAUAACGUUUGAAGUAUUCAUGCCGAUUUAUCAACAAAUUUCCAAAAAUAAAGACCGCUAUUCAUUUGAUGAUAUUGUCGAAGGCUUACGACAUUUCGAUACGGAUGGAUCCGGUACGAUUGGUGCAGCUGAACUUCGACAUUUAUUAACAGCAUUGGGUGAAAAAUUAACUGAAGAUGAAGUAGAACAAUUGAUCGAUUCCACUAUGAUCGAUGAUGAAGGACGAAUCAAUUAUGAAACAUUCGUUAAGGCUAUCAUGAAUGGUUGAUUUGAAUUUCAUUUUCAAAACAAAACCUGUUGUGCAAAUUCUUUCCACCAUAUGAAAUUUAAUUGUUGUCUGUUCUCUGCAAUAAAGAAUAACUGUUGUUGUUAAA